UUCCUUCCUGACUCCAAAAUGGCAAUCGGACUAGUCCCUGGAUCAACUUGGUCUAUGAGCUAUUUCCCAUAACCCUGUAUUCCCUUACUUGCUUAUAUGAAUGCCAUAUAAUAGGAGUAUGACAACCUUUUUUGAUUCCAUGAGCAGCCUAGGUGGGAGAAGAAAAAACAAAUCAGUAGCUGAUAAGAGUAUAAACAUUCCCAGACUAGAAAAUAACAUUACAUUGCAAGAGUCUCUAGGCUGUUUUUGAUGCCAAAUGCUUCUGCAUUCACAUCCCUGCAAUCCAGCCUCAAAACUGUUGCCCGUUUGCACAUAUACACUAAGAGGCAGAUUGUUGAAAGUGUAAAAUUCGAGCUCACCACAGAAAAACCCCAGUGGUCCCUGGACACCCCAGUCCGAACUUGUAUACAGCAGCCCUGUGAAAACUAUCUCAAAAGAAUUGUUUGAGAAUUAACAGAUAAUUGUUAUUCAUGGGAAUAUCUUUCCCUGCUAUUUACUCCAUCCCGAGAGGACACAGGUCUAUUAAAAAUCAUGCAAGCUUUACACUGCUUUUUACGCAAUAGUAAUUAUGAAUGUGUGGUUAUAUAAUGUUUAGUAGCAAACGAAAAAGAAAAACAUACACAGGAGCUCAUUAACCAACCUUACAAGUGCCCCAUUGGGACCAGGGCAUGGAGCACUUGCAGGUGGCUCUGGUAUUGUUGGUGCAAGCCACUUCUUAAUGCCACACCUUAAUGCUGGCACUUACUACCCCCACUGGGUACAGCACACUGUGAGGUGCAACUCUUUGCACUCCAUUCUAGGAGCAGACAGAGAUGUAGGAAAUAGGAGAAAAUGCAGGAAACCAGGGUGCUUUUUGCUCCAUUAUUUAUACUUUACAUAUAAGCAGGUUUUAAAUCUUGUCUUCACCACAACCCCCCAAGCAAUGCAGUUAGGAUAUCCUUAUAAGAGCAGUCUUAGGUCUGCCAGAAUGACUCACAACCACUUAUAGAUUCAUGCAUGCGCAUCUGAGUAUUUUCUGAAAAUGUGCUCUAUUCAGGGCAAAGGGAAAGAGCAAGGUAUAGAACAUAGAUUAGUACAAAUUAAUAUGGCUUCACCUACAAUCUCCAGUGAUGGUUGAACUUAAAUUAACAUUUCUGUGAAGAAAUGUGAUUUACAGGUCGCCAAAAGCUGGUGGGUCCAAGAAUGAAAAUACAGAGGGAACACAGAGAGGAAUGGCUGGGAGGUAUAUGAUAGAUUUCUGUGGGUUGCAGCAAAGAUCAGCUAGCUGUUCCUUUGGAUCACGGUGUGGGGGAAGGCUGUAAUCUAAAUGCUAUGGGCACAAGGCCAAAGACUAUAUUUUUUUAUUUCUUAAGUGCAGAAGACAUUGCUAGGAGGAACAGAAGCAAAAUGAAGACUAUACAAAAGGAUUAUUGUGUUGCAGAGGAGGUGUCCAUCACUUGGUUGCCAUGGAGAUGACCAAUAGCAUGCCUGUGAGUAGGAGUUUCCAUCUGCCUGUGAAUGCAGCACUGACCUGUCUGGUAGAAGAAGCAGAAAGAGCAGAAAUGCUGAUCUUGCGCAGGGAUGUGAAGGAUUGAUGCUGGAACCGGAAAACGGAGAGAUAUGUUUGAAUUUAUUUACCUUUGUGCUGAAGAGACAGAAGCCACAUUACAUAAAACAGGACUACAACAUAGAGUAUUAUACAGCCAGAGACACUUGGUGGUGUCCUAUUGCAUUCUUGGUGCAGACAUAGUAAAUGUUUUCUAUGACUGACUUUGUAGAUAUUUCAAAAUGUCAGAAUGUAAAGGAGAUUCUUCGGGUGCCACAAGGGAAGAAACAGAAAGGGGUAAUCUACCUCCAUCUUUGGACUUGAUGGAGAAAACAGAACGAAGUACAAAAUCUUCCAAAGGCUAUUCUGGAAUGUUUCUUAGGAAAGGUAAAGAAAAAAAGAAUGACCAUAAUCUAUCCAAGGACCUUAAAGUGCAUGAGAAAAAGUCAGUAAAUAGUUCGGUCACCAAAAAGUGUGAAGGUCUUUGUUUUGAGGAAGCCUCCAACGAGUUUACUUGCAGCUCUUCCAUUAUGGAGUCCUAUCAACUGAGUACCAAUAAAGAAGCUAGGUAUUGCUUCAGAAAACUCGAUGAUGGAACAUAUGCCAUGGAGAAGAUAGAGGAAUCAAAUCCUGGAAAAAAUGAGUCAAUACCCAGGAAGAAGUCCUCAAAAAGAUGUCAACAGAAAGGGCGUUAUUCACACAAGCCAUUAAAAAUCUGUUUUAAGAAACGAAGCAAGGCCAUUAGAAAGACUUCAGAUUCAAUUGAUGAUUAUACAUCAGAAAACAAAAAACUACAUUAUACGAACCAAUACGAAGGACAAACUUCAGUAUCAGAGAUUCAAAAUGAAUCCACACAAGAUGGAAAAACAUGGGCAACAUUUAAGAGGUUGGUAACUCAUAAAAAGAAACGGCAUUCAUCUCUCAAACAGCAAUCCCAAAUAAACCAUGAAACAAACUCAAACAAUACUUGUAUUCGAAGUGUUUCUAAAAAGAAAAGAUUCUCCAACCUAAAGAUCUCGUGUAUGAACUUCUCCAGAGGAAAGAAGCAUGCAACUGGCAGCAUGCCACCACAAGAUUAUGCAGUAGAAUCUCAAGAAUCUGAGAACAGAUAUGACUGUAAAAGAAGUGAUAACCCACUUGCAAUCAAGUAUCAACUUCAAAGGUCUUUAGAUGUAGAAAAUGGAAAAACCGACCGCAAUAUCGAUCAGUGCGUGUAUAUGCCUUCUGAUGAAUUCCAGUCUUUACCAAAACUCAAGAGAGUUAUGAAUCAUCUCACACAAGGUACGAAUAAAAGAAAUUUGCAUAAAUCACUUAGAAAACCAAAUGUGGAAAGUGUCAGGAGCCCUUCUCUGGAAGAAAGGGAAGCCCCUUGUUUGUCAGCCAUUGAAAAAGAAGGAAUGAAAGCGAUAAUUAAUACAAGGUUACCUCAGUCACCAGUUAGAGAACAAGAUUUACUUUGCUGCACAAUAAAAUGCUCUGAAAAUACAGCAAAUGUGCAAAAAUCUGGAAAAGCUGAGCUGAAUGACCUUAAAAUGAGCCACAGUUAUGCUCCUCAACACAUGGCAGCAACUCUCCAGAGUGGCAACAUGCAUGAAAGUUACAAAAAUAAUCUUAAUGACUGUGAAGUAUCAUCAGAGGAUGAUGCCAGAAGCAGUUCUCUGUUAAUAUCAGAUCCAUAUGAGACACUUUUAAUUACAACAUCUGCUUCUCUUGUUAAAAAAGUGCUCCAGGCCUCUAUCCAGCAGCUGGUUGAUGAAGAAUCCCCGUUUCAAUAAAUUCCAGGCAAGGAUUAACUACAAGAACUCCUAUUCAGAACACAUGGCUAAUAUCCUUAAAUUAUUUAACCAAUUCAUAUGCAUUCUAGGAAUUCUGGAUCCAUUAUCUGCUCCCUAAUUCAGUACAUGAAGUAUUAUAAGAAAUUAGCGAUCAAAGUGAUUAUCCAAGAACUAUAGUUUAAAUAUAAUCAUUUUAUUGUCUCCCGUAUUGGGUAAUACUUUUGGUAAAAUGUAAAUAGAGUUGGAAAACGAUGUCUUGUUGUUAUGUUCAAUCAUGGUAUGUAUGUGAACAUUCAGCAACUCAUUUCUAUUUUAUGUUUCUAUUAGCAAGUGUGUGCUUCUAGCUGCUACUUCAACUCCCUUUGGAUAAGGAACCACACACCAUAUACAGUAUUUAUAGCGGCUAGAAAAACAAACCUUACCUGCUUCUGGCACCAAUCGAGAGGAUAGACCUCCAAGUUUUACAACUCAUUGUUGAAAGAGGCCAAAGGGUUUUGUGGUCAUUUAAAAUGCAUUCCAUAUCCUUACAGCACUUCAACACAUCAAGAGCACUUCAUACUGACAGUUUGUUUCUCAGAGCUGAACAUUAUAAGUAAAUCACACUCUUUACCUACUAUGGGAAAUUAUUUUAUAAACCUUUGCUUAUUUUGUUACUAUGAACAGGCCCUUGGUGCCUAAUUAUUAACCCAUUAGUCACCUGGCUGAAGGGACCAGUGGGGUAAAAAGUUGAAUGGGGCCCCAAUUUAAAAAAAAAUUAUCUGUGUAUUCACAACCUACAAUCAAGCUCAUGAUCCACCCAAACCCUGGUCACUUCCCAUGAACCUCACCCCCUUCAAAACCUGCAAAUCACACUUGCAAUGGGCCCCUGACAGCAGUAACCCCUGUACCCAGGCCCAGACUGGCAAUCUGUGAGUUCUUGCAAAUGUCAGGGGGGCUGCUGUAAGUUCCCAUAGACAGUCCCUAUUUAGUGGGCUGGUGGAGGACUAUUUGGGCCUCUGUGAACUUGAAAUGCCAGGGCCUAUUUUGACUCCCUGUUCAGACUUGCCUGUAGCACUCUGAUUAUGGAAAUAUAUUGAUGCUCAAAACAGCUUUCAAGUACCAUAAAAAAGGUUGAACUAGUUGCUUUGCAAUGACAGUUGGAUAUAUAAACUAGAUAUAUUUACUUGGUUGUCUGAUGGGUCAAGGAGGCUACAUAUUUGAUACAUCAGAUCUACAAUUUAAAGGGGAUUAAUUAAUGUAAACCUACAGGUCCUCUGGGCACUUUUGCGAUAUAAGUUUUCUAUUUUUAAUGGUUUCUAAGAUAUUAGCAGUUUUAGACAGUUAUAUUUUAAUAACUCCGGUUUUAGACUGCUAAUACCAGGCUUUCAGCUCAAAGUUUUUUAUUGAGAUCAGAGUGUCAGCAAACGUGUCCAUGCACUUCACCUAUUCAGUUAACCAUAGGGCUGUUGAGCCAAAAGCCUGGCAUUUGCAGCCUUGACCUGCAAAUAUGUCAGUAAAAUGCUAUAAACAAAAAUGAAUGUAAAUUGCAACAGUGCUUAGAGAAGCACUCUGAGUAAGUUUACAUGAUAUCAUUAUUGGGUUUAGAUCCCCUUCAAUGUAUACAACUCAGUUUACAAACAACCAAUGAUAUGAGGCAUGCAAGCUGCAAAAUUCUUCAUUAUUACUAUACGACUAUAUCCUUUGUAUAAAGCUCUUUUGCAAGAUAUAAUUUAACUCACCCAUUAACAGGUGGGGCACUGCCCUCUACAUAGCUUGGCAGCGAUGUCAGAUCCUUUCUCGAUACCCACAAGAAAUACCAUGCACGCUGAUGCAGGUGUAGAGAGGAGAACCCUCCACAUUUAUUGUGUCAAUCUGUGUAACGUUUUGGGGACAGACCCCUUCUUCAGACAUACAGAUCUGCAUGCAUAGAAGUCCUUUAUACACUCAUUAAUUGCAAUAAUAUUAUAACUCCGCCCCAUAUUGUAAAACAUUUGGCAUUGUACAACUUCGUGAUUAUUCAAAAAGUCCUUGUCAGUCUGUGGAAUUAGUCCAUAAAAACUGAAUCUGAUUCCAAGGCUUGUAAAAUAAAUGAAAACAAAAAGUCCAAAACAACCAUUAUCAAAUGUAACAAUGAAGUGUGAAACUGUGAAAAGCAAUAGCUUACUGUUAACCACAACCAAAACCAGUAAUGUAUUAAAAAAAUACAAUCUACUGUCUUACCCUAUCCAAGAGCUGUCCCUGGGUAGCAUUUUGUUCAUUGAAAAAAUCUAUUAAACAAGUGAAAAACAAUAUAGUUAAUACUGAAAGAUGUAUUACUGCAAGAUUUAGAGAUGCAGUUAGGUUCAUAAAUAUUUGGACAGAGACAACUUUUUUCUAAUUUUGGUUCUGUACCAUAAUGAAAUUUAAAUACACUUGAACUGCAGACUUUCAGCUUUAAUUCAGUGGGUUGAAGAAAAAUGUGAGGAACUAAAGCCUUUUUUUAACACAAUCACUUAAUUUCAGGGGCUCAAAAGGAGUUGAACAAAUUAAAAAACUAAAAAAUAAAAUGUUCAUUUCUAAUACUUGGUGGAAAACUCUUUGACAGCCUGAAGCCUUGAACUCAUGGACAUCGCCAGAUUCCGGGUUCCCUCCUUUUUAAUGCUCUUCCAGGCCUUUACUGCAGUGGCUUUCAGUUGCUGUUUGUUUGUGGGUCUUUCUGUCCGAAGUUUAGUCUUCAACAAGUGAAAUGCAGCUCAAUUGGGGUCAGAUCAGGUGACUGACUUGGCCAUUCAAGAAUAUUCCACUCCUUUGCAUUAAUAAACUCCCGGGUUGCUUUGGCUUUAUGUUUUGGGUCAUUGUCCAUCUGUAUUAUGAAACGCCUCAAAAUCAGUUUGACUGCAUUAAGCUGGAUUUUAGCAUUGAGCAACAUUUGGUUGCAUAAAAACCAGUCGUAGUGCCAAACAGAGGCUCCUGUAGGCUGCCAGUCCUUAUAGGGCUACCUAAUAGCCAAUCACAGCCCUUAUUUGGCAUCCCCAGAAACUCUUUUCCAUGCUUGUGUUGCUCCCCAAAUAUUUUUACAUCUGAAUGUGGCUCAUAGGUAAAAGAAGGUUGGGUACCCCUGGUUUAGAUUCUACUAUGUCAAUAUGAUGAAGAUGAUUACCCUGAUGGCAUCUUGCAGAGUUUUCUUUUUUU